UUCGUGUCUUUGGUAUAAUGGUCAAUUUCGGCUGGAGUGUAGGAGUAGAGACUGUCGUUUCACUGGGAUAGAUAGCUGAUUGUGAAGUUCCUGCCACUUAUUGUACUUCAGAGGUAUCAGCAGCAUGGAAACCGAAUGUUCAAAACGGGUCUAUCAGGGGGUCAGAGUCAAGCACACAGUGAAAGAUCUGCUGGCAGAAAAGAGGUCGCGGCAGACGAAUGGGCCGCACUACACUGGUGUAUCAACUCCACAAAGUCCAUUUGUUCAAAUGACUGGGUCUCACAUGCUUCCGAGUUACUAUGGCAUGAGAAGACCUUUCAUCACAGAUGAGUUUUGCUCCUCAACAAAACCAUUUCCUUCUGAUGUCUACCCAUCAGCGCUGACAGGGAAAUCUCUCUCGUGCGACACUGGAUGCAUGUCCGGCUAUUCCUCUCUUAUAGAUAGCUACUACCCAGAGUCCUUCGGAGACUACCGGAGCUCACCUUUCUCCAGCGGAGGAAGUACAAUCUUCUCAUCCUCUGCAUUAUCCUCCCUGCUUCCUACAUACUCCGGUGACCCUUCACAUUAUUUGCUGAGGGAUUCUUGGGAGCCCACUGGGACAGAAGCAGUAGAUGGUCUAUGUGGAGAUGGUCUGACUCCUGUACCCUUGUCUGCAUCCGGGUCUCUGGUCAACCCCGAGACCACAAGCCCUACCCAGUUCCGCUCAUCCUCUCGGGGUUCUAGCAUGACAUCGUCGCAGUCAUAUUCCCUCCAUUCUCUGGAUGAAAUCAAUUACCAUUCUUCUUUCCAACCCACAUCUGGCAGUUUUGCAUCCGCAUCCUUUAUGACUGAGCCUGCAACCAAACUGCCAGCGUUACCAUCAGACGACAAUCCCAGCGCCCAUCCAGCGCUGAGCAACAGCCUUGGAUGGGCAAAAGAGGACACUGCUAGCACUUGGUCACAGUAUGAGGUCAGGAGGGCAUUCUGAUAAUGAACUAUAUGGAAAUAAAGGCUUAAAGCCAAGCAGAUCAACACCUCUUCAAUUCACAAGUAAGACAAAUAGCACUAAAAACGCACUGUCAGAUUUACUUAGCAGGGCUAAGGCUUUAUAUACUGUAUGGGGGAACAAAUAAUACUGCAUUGUUUUUGUUUUAUUUGAAUCAUUUAUUGUAAUUUCAUGUUCAGUUUUAUAGGAAUCACAAGUUCUAUUGUUCACAGCUGGAUAAGGGUGAUCAGUGUGAGUUUGUAUAUUGGGAUUUGUUUUUAUGACACAAAGACUUUGAGUCUAUUUAAAUGUAUAUUUCUUUCAAAGAAUUUAAGUGUUAUGAUAUUUUAAGUUGCUGUGUAAUAUCUAUCUUUUUCUUCUUGUUAGUUUUUAAGAUUAGUUUUUCCAUUAAAAAGCCUGUUGUGAAAACUGUCUUAAAGGUAAAUAAAACGAGACUUCCAGCCAAAUGGGAUUUACAAGUCACAAGUGGUUUUUCAUUUAUGCAAGUGCCUACCUGUCCCUAAUAUAAGUACAGAAAAAGAAAGUUUGCAAAUAUGUGGCUGUAUAUUUAAUUGGCAGUAACACAAGUGACAGACUUUUAUUUGAAUACACACUGAAGAUAGAAUUCACACAACCAGACUUUAAGUUACACGUUUUAACCAGCAGGCGGCGACAUUCAUCCAUUCAGCAAACCCACCUAAAAGCCCAUGAAAUGAUGUAGAAUAUAAGAAAUAUCUUAAUGUCAUGGACGGUUUAGAUAUCGAAUGAUAUCGAGAAAUUGGUGAUAAAAUUGUAUUAUUGCUUCUAAUAAAUCAAGAUUAUAAUAACAGAUUAGUUUUAGACAAAAUGUGAAAUGUUUAAUAUUCUUUCGAGAUGCGUUUUAAUAAACACCAAAAAACACAUUUAAAGAAAUAAUUUGUAAAAUACCACAUGUUUAAUCAAAACAUCCUAAAUGUGGAUUAUCUUAAAAUUGUAAAAUUGCAUAAAUGUAAAAAUGAAUUUCUGAAAUUGACACAUUGAGGAGAUUUUCCAACUUCCUUUAAAAUGUGAAAACACCUGUAUGACAAAAAAAUAUCCUACAAUAACUUAUGAAUCUCACA